GAAGCGGAAGAAGAAGAGGGAAAAGAAGGCUUCAGUCGAGUCUGAAAAUGUCUUCUAUCAAGUCGACUGAUCGUUCGGUCAGCGGGAUAUUUGAGGAGUUCGAGAUAAGGAUCGCAGAGUACGAAGAAGAGAUCUCACGUCUAAAGAAGGAAAACCAUCGGCAAAGGGAGAAACUGGACGCCAUGUAUAAACCUGAAGUACGGAUGUACAGAUUAGACCUCCAGCAACUCUUACCUUCUGAAAAGGAGGUUCCCUUGGUGAAGCAGGAAUGCAGCUCCAGUUGGGGCCAGGAGGCACCAGCGUCCCCAUCCAUCAAAGAGGAAGAGGAGGAACACUGGACCAGUCAGGAGGAAGAGCAGCUUCAGCGACCACAGGAGGCUUCUUUAACCAAGUUCCCAUUCACUCCUGUCUCUGUGAAGAGUGAAAAUGAAGAGAAACCUCUUUCCAUACCACUUCAUCAAAGCCAAACAGGGGAGUACAGCGAGGUAGAGCCUCCAGCCAGCACCUUAACCAAAGACAUGAAAACAGAACCUGAUGAAGAGACAUGUGAACUAUCAGAACUAGUCGGUAACCGAGAUCAGGGUGGUGAUUUAGAAACAACUCCUGAUGGUCAGCGCCUUUCUUCAGACUCCUGUCCAAGUGAGGCUGAAGACAAUGAUGAUGGUUGUAGUAAGACUAGAGAACCACAGUCAAGUUUAGAAAAAACGGACAACACUGAAAUAAAGCAUCAGAGAUCUCUUCAGAAAAAAGCCUUCAGUUGCUCUGUCUAUGCUCAAGGGUUUUCUAGAAGAGGACGUGUGCGAAUACACAUGAAUGAACACACGGGCGAGAAACCGUUUAGGUGCUCAGUCUGUGGUAACCGGUUUUCUCAAAAAGCUCAUAUGCAAAUACAUAUGAGAAUACAUACAGGGGAGAAACCGUUUAGAUGCUCAGACUGUGGCAAAGAGUUUUCGGAUAAAAGAGAUAUGCGGAGACACAUGAGAAUACAUACAGGAGAGAAACCCUUCAGUUGCUCCGUCUGCGGUAAAGCGUUUUCUCAAAACAGUCAUUUGCAAACACACAUAAGAAUGCAUACAGGGGAGAAACCCUUUAGAUGCUCAGACUGCGGCAAGUGGUUUUCUCAACCAGCUCAUAUGCAAAUACAUAUGAGAAGACAUACAGGGGAGAAACCGUUUAGAUGCUCAGACUGCGGCAAAGAGUUUUCGGAUAAAAGAGAUUUGCAGAGACACAUGAGAAUACAUACAGGAGAGAAACCCUUCAGUUGCUCCGUCUGUGGUAAAGCGUUUUCUCAAAACAGUCAUUUGCACACACACAUAAGAAUGCAUACAGGGGAGAAACCCUUUGGAUGCUCAGACUGCGGCAAGUUGUUUUCUCGACCAGGUCAGUUGAAUGUACAUAUGAGGAUACAUACCAGAGAAAAACCUUUUAGAUGCUCCGACUGCGGCAAAGGGUUUUUCAACAAAAGGGAUAUGCAGAGACACAUGAGAACACACACAGGAGAGAAACCGUUCAGCUGCUCAGUCUGUGGUAAAGUGUUUUCGGAUGAAAGAGAUAUGCGGAGACACAUGAGAAUACAUACAGGAGAGAAACCCUUCAGUUGCUCCGUCUGCGGUAAAGCGUUUUCUCAAAAACGUUAUUUGCACACACACAUAAGAAUGCAUACAGGGGAGAAACCCUUUAGAUGCUCAGACUGCGGCAAGUGGUUUUCUCAACCAGGUCAUUUGAAUGUACAUAUGAGGAUACAUACCGGAGAAAAACCUUUUAGAUGCUCCGACUGCGGCAAAGGGUUUUCCGAUAAAAGGGAUAUGCAGAGACACAUGAGAACACACACAGGAGAGAAACCGUUCAGCUGCUCAGUCUGUGGUAAAGUGUUUUCUAUGAGAGGAAAUCUACUGAAACACAUGAGAAUACACACAGGAGAAAAACCUUUUAGCUGUUCAGUGUGUGGCAACACUUUCGCUAGAAAAGAACAUAUUAAUACACACAUGAGAAUACACACGGGAGAGAAACCGUUUAGGUGCUCAGUCUGUGGUAACUGGUUUUCUCAAAAAGCUCAUAUGCAAAUACAUAUGAGAAGACAUACAGGGGAGAAACCGUUUAGAUGCUCAGACUGCGGCAAAGAGUUUUCGGAUAAAAGAGAUAUGCAGAGACACAUGAGAAUACAUACAGGAGAGAAACCCUUCAGUUGCUCCGUCUGCGGUGAAGCGUUUUCUCAAAACAGUCAUUUGCACACACACAUAAGAAUGCAUACAGGGGAGAAACCCUUUAGAUGCUCAGACUGCGGCAAGUUGUUUUCUCGAUCAGGUCAGUUGAAUGUACAUAUGAGGAUACAUACCGGAGAAAAACCUUUUAGAUGCUCCAACUGCGGCAAAGGGUUUUCCGACAAAAGGGAUCUGCAGAGACACAUGAGAACACAUACAGGAGAGAAACCGUUCAGCUGCUCAGUCUGCGGUAAAGAGUUUUCGGAUAAAAGAGAUAUGCGGAGACACAUGAGAGCACAUACAGGAGAGAAACCCUUCAGUUGCUCCGUCUGCGGUAAAGCGUUUUCUCAAAAACGUUAUUUGCACACACACAUAAGAAUGCAUACCGGGGAGAAACCCUUUAGAUGCUCAGACUGCGGCAAGUGGUUUUCUCAACCAGGUCAUUUGAAUGUACAUAUGAGGAUACAUACCGGAGAAAAACCUUUUAGAUGCUCCGACUGCGGCAAAGCGUUUUCCGAUAAAAGGGUUAUGCGGAGACACAUGAGAACACACACAGGAGAGAAACCGUUCAGCUGCUCGGUCUGUGGUAAAGUGUUUUCUAUAAGAGGAAAUCUACUGAAUCACAUGAGAAUACACACAGGAGAAAAACCUUUUAGCUGUUCAGUGUGUGGCAACACUUUCGCUAGAAAAGAAUAUAUUAAUACACACAUGAGAAUACAUGCGGAGAAGAAACCUUGAUGAGUCUUUGGUGAAGGUUUUAGUUUGGGGAAACAUGACAUCACAGAGAACAAAACGUGGCUCUGCUUGUGGAAACAAAAAAACUUAUUUGUUCAUGUGUCAUGAUUACAUUACAGUUUCAUUUAGCAGACGCUUUCGACUUAAAACAACACAAGCAAGGAUCUAGUCAGGAGACAACAAUGCAAGUGUCAGAAAACAUUUCCAUGUACACUGGACUUACUGAAUGUUCGAAGGUGAACCCUAAAGUGGAUGUUGAUUAUGAAAUUGUUGGAACGUCGAACAUUUCACAGUUCAUUAGAUGAGCCUGCAGUGAAUUCAUUCCGUUUAACAUGAGUUCUGUUCUUGACAGCAAACUCUUAUUAGGUGCCAGCUGGUAGUCAAGUAUCCACUCAAUGUGUGAUUCUUUCUUCAAGUGAAUUAAAGUUUCUGUAUUCUUACUGAAUCAUCCUAACUUGUUCAUGUCAAAUCCAGUACAAAUAAAUCAUACAGCUCCAAUGAUGUUUUACUCUUCCCAGGAAUCUUGAUUUAUUUGCACAUCACCAACGUGAUGACUAAUUUUUUUCUUUUGAUAAAAUGCAUUAACAUCAAUAAAAUCUAAAACCACCCUGUUUGAUAUUGUCUAAGAAAGGGAAAAGCAAUACUUUUGUCCCAAGAAAUUGAAUUUGUGACUUGGGAUUUUGUGUAAA